GCCACUUUAAGAAGAACUAAGAACUCAGAAGGGACUUUUCCUUUUUAUAUUGGAAACAAUUAUUCUCACACCCAUAAACUCUGACAUCCUCUCUCUCUCUCUCUCUGUCUCUCUGUGUUGCUUUAAGUUGAAGGUUAGAUUGAGAGAAAAAGGAGGAGGAAAGGGAAAAUGGGAGUAGGAACGAGCACUUUUGUAAUCAGAUGGAUCAACUUUCUCACCAUGCUUUUAGCUGUAACUGUCAUAAUUUUUGGGAUAUGGAUGAGCACUCAUCACGAUGGCUGUCGAAGUUCCCUCACUCUCCCUGUUUUAGGCCUUGGUGCUUUUAUCUUUGUGGUAUCUAUAAUCGGGUUCUUUGGCGCACUCAAAAACAGCUCCAUACUCUUGUGGAUUUAUCUAAUCAUGUUGUGCUUCAUUCUGGUGGGAAUUCUAGUAUUCACUGUAUUGGCGUUUAUUGUAACAAAUAAUGGAUCUGGUCAUAGCGUUUCUGGUUUGAGGUAUAAAGAGUAUCAACUUCAAGACUAUCAUUCAUGGUUUCUAAAACAGCUGAACAAUACCCAAAACUGGAAGCGCUUGAAGAGUUGUCUUGUGAAAUCUGAAGAUUGCAAUAACUUAUCGAAGAAAUAUAAGACCAUUAAACAAUAUAAAUUGGCAAAACUCAGCCCCAUUGAGGCUGGCUGCUGUCGACCACCAUCUGAGUGUGGUUAUCCUGCUGUGAAUGCCUCAUACUAUGACUUGAGCUUUCAUCCAGUUAGUUCCAACAAUGACUGCAAACUUUACAAAAACUCCAAAGCCAUCAAGUGCUAUAAUUGUGAUUCCUGCAAGGCUGGUGUUGCACAAUACAUGAAAAUAGAGUGGAGAGUGGUAGCAAUCUUCAAUAUUAUUUUAUUUGUUGUCUUGUCGAUGAUAUACUUCGUCGGAUGCUGCGCAAGACGAAAUGCUGCCCAGAGCCGGAGCCGGAGCCAGAGCCAGAGCAGUUCGAAAGUUUGAAGAGGACCUAUUCAUGCAGUGGGUUGGAAGUUUGGGAGGCCUUUUACAAGAAACUUUGAAUCCAACAGUGUACAAAAUUUUUAAUUUCUGAUGAAAUGGAAACAGAUUGUGUAAUUUAUGUACUUCGUGGGUAAUGUUCUUCCAUCCUAUGAUUAAUGAAUCACAAUUCCAAAUC